CUGCUCUUUUACAAUUGGACUAAAUGCGGAGUGAAGCCGGUUCAGCACAGGUGAAUGUGAACGGGACGCCGAAGGACGUGCGCGCGACCGAAACUUCGGCUGUUCGACGGUCUGACAACCAGGACGCUGAAGAUCAGCAGCUCCAGAGGGCAAACACACACAAUUACAAGAACAGAGAGAAAUACUGCAGACUGACUGCUCUGUGUGUCAACAGUAGGGUAUGAGAACGCUACAGCAUCAUGUGGUUUCUGAGAUGGAGGAGUGAGAGUUCGGCUGAAAACACACAAGGUUUUUCGCUCCUCCAUCAUGUCCGUCUGCAUUUACCGCGGCUUAGCUCCACCCUCUCAGGCAAGACGGGCGUGGCUUCAUGUGCUGGCUCCGCCCCCGCGUCACUGGCCCUGCCCGUCGCUGCAGCAGCUGUUGGCCGUGUGUCUGCUGCUGCUGCUGCCACCGCUGGCCGUCCAAUCACGGCGUGAGCGGGGUGGAGGCGGCGUGGCCCACUACAUCCCAUCAUCGGUGGCGCAGUAUCCGCCCAUCUCCAAGCUGGUGCAGGGCCUGAGCAUCGCGGUGGUGCUGGUGGGAAACUCCAGUGAGGUGGCGCUCGCCGGCACACGUGACAAAGACGACUUUGGCCACAUGCCGCUGGCGCCCAACGUGGAGAUGCUCACCAUGAACGAGACGGACCCCAAGAGCAUCAUCAAGAGCAUCUGCGACCUGAUGACGGAGCACUGGCUGCAGGGCGUGGUGUUCGGAGACGACACCGACCAGGAGGCCAUCGCACAGAUCCUGGACUUCAUCUCCGCGCAGACGCACAUCCCCAUCCUGGGUGUGAAGGGAGGCUCCUCCAUGAUCAUGGCCGCUAAGGUAAGGUGCAUUCUGCAGAGAUGCAUGAUGGGAAACUAUGUAUGUGUGUGUGUGUAAGGAUGAUGAUGAGCCGCUGGAAGCGUCAGACACUGAGAGAAAAUGAUGGAUGGCUGUGAGUCAGAGCUGCGCCCACGAGCUCUAAACGCUGCAAAAUCACACCGCACUCGUCUCUCUCUCUCCGCUAAACAUGCCAAUGAAGAUGAAGAUGAAGAACCGCUGCUCGGCCCACGCGUCCUGCCUAGCGCUAACCACGCGCAACCUUCACAAUGUCAAGCCAUGAGCUUUACAGAGGAACUGGACGCUAAGUUCAGUGCUAGUCAGGUCACGCGUGUUA